AUGGCGGGAGCAUCCGUGAAGGUGGCGGUGCGUGUCCGGCCCUUCAACUCCCGGGAGAUGAGCCGGGAAUCUAAAUGCAUUAUCCAGAUGUCGGGAAGCACCACCACUAUCCUGAACCCGAAGCAGCCCAAAGAGACACCAAAAAGCUUCAGCUUUGACUAUUCCUACUGGUCCCACACCACACCCGCAGACAUCAACUAUGCAUCUCAGAAGCAAGUGUACCGGGACAUUGGCGAGGAGAUGUUGCAGCAUGCCUUCGAAGGCUAUAACGUCUGCAUCUUUGCCUAUGGGCAGACGGGUGCUGGAAAGUCCUACACCAUGAUGGGGAAGCAGGAGAAGGACCAGCAAGGCAUCAUCCCACAGCUGUGCGAGGACCUCUUCUCCCGCAUCAAUGACACAACGAAUGACAACAUGUCCUACUCCGUGGAGGUGAGCUACAUGGAGAUUUACUGCGAGCGUGUGAGGGACCUCCUGAACCCCAAGAACAAGGGGAACCUGAGGGUGAGGGAGCAUCCCCUUAUGGGCCCGUACGUUGAGGACCUUUCCAAGCUGGCUGUGACCUCCUACAAUGACAUCCAGGACCUCAUGGACUCUGGCAACAAGGCCCGCACAGUGGCUGCCACCAACAUGAAUGAGACCAGCAGCCGCUCCCACGCCGUGUUCAACAUCAUCUUCACGCAGAAGCGGCAUGACGCGGAGACGGACAUCACCACUGAGAAGGUCAGCAAAAUCAGCUUGGUGGACCUGGCAGGGAGCGAGCGAGCUGACUCCACCGGCGCGAAGGGCACACGACUAAAGGAAGGAGCAAACAUCAACAAGUCCCUGACCACGCUGGGGAAGGUCAUCUCGGCUCUGGCUGAAAUGGAUUCGGGGCCAAACAAGAACAAAAAGAAAAAGAAGACAGAUUUCAUCCCCUACCGGGACUCAGUGCUGACCUGGCUGCUGCGGGAGAACCUGGGGGGCAACUCCAGGACGGCCAUGGUGGCUGCUCUCAGUCCUGCAGAUAUCAACUACGAUGAGACCCUCAGCACCCUCAGGUAUGCUGACCGUGCCAAGCAGAUCCGCUGCAACGCCGUCAUCAAUGAGGACCCCAACAACAAGCUCAUCCGGGAGCUGAAGGACGAGGUGGCACGCCUGCGCGACCUUCUCUACGCCCAGGGCCUUGGGGACAUCAUUGACAUGACCAAUGCUAUCGCCGGGAUCAGCCCCUCUUCCUCCCUGUCGGCCUUGUCCAGCCGCGCCGCCUCCGUUGCCAGCCUCCAUGAGCGCAUCAUGUUUGCUCCGGGCAGCGAAGAGGCGAUUGAAAGGCUCAAGGAAACAGAGAAGAUCAUCGCGGAGCUGAAUGAGACGUGGGAGGAGAAGCUGCGGAGGACAGAAGCGAUCCGGAUGGAGAGGGAGGCAUUGCUGGCCGAAAUGGGUGUUGCCAUGAGGGAGGAUGGAGGUACCCUGGGCGUCUUCUCUCCUAAAAAGACGCCCCACUUGGUCAACCUGAACGAGGACCCGCUCAUGUCCGAGUGUCUUCUCUACUACAUCAAGGACGGGAUAACGAGGGUUGGCCGGGAAGAUGCAGAGAAGAGGCAGGACAUCGUUCUCAGCGGGCACUUCAUUAAGGAAGAGCACUGCCUUUUCCGCAGCGACACCAAAACUGGCGGUGAAGUAAUAGUGACCCUGGAGCCCUGUGAAGGCGCCGACACCUACGUGAAUGGCAAAAAGGUGACGGAGCCCAGCGUCCUGCGCUCAGGAAACCGCAUCAUCAUGGGGAAGAGCCACGUCUUCCGCUUCAACCACCCCGAGCAGGCUCGGCAAGAGCGGGAGCGGACCCCAUGCGCCGAGACCCCCGCUGAGCCCGUGGACUGGGCUUUUGCUCAAAGAGAGCUGCUGGAGAAGCAGGGCAUCGACAUGAAGCAGGAGAUGGAGCAGCGGCUCCAGGAACUGGAGGACCAGUACCGGCGGGAGCGGGAGUAGGCGAAUUACCUUCUGGAGCAGCAGAGGCUGGACUAUGAGAGCAAACUGGAGGCUUUGCAGAAGCAGAUGGACUCUAGGUAUUACCCUGAGGCAAACGAGGAAGAGGAGGAACCUGAGGAUGAAGUGCAGUGGACGGAGCGGGAAUUCGAGCUGGCCCUCUGGGCCUUUAGGAAGUGGAAGUGGUACCAGUUCACCUCCCUCCGUGACCUGCUCUGGGGCAACGCCAUCUUCCUCAAGGAAGCCAAUGCCAUCAGCGUGGAGCUGAAGAAGAAGGUCCAGUUCCAGUUUGUGCUCCUCACGGAUACGCUGUACUCGCCUCUCCCUCCCGACCUGCUGCCUCCCGACGCUGCCAAGGACCGGGAGAAGCGGCCAUUCCCCCGGACCAUUGUGGCCGUAGAGGUGCAGGACCAGAAGAACGGGGCGACACAUUACUGGACCCUGGAGAAGCUGAGGCAGCGUCUGGACCUGAUGCGUGAAAUGUAUGACCGUGCCGCCGAAGUGCCUUCUAGUGUCAUCGAGGACUGCGACAACGUGGUGACCGGCGGAGAUCCCUUCUACGACCGCUUCCCCUGGUUCAGGCUGGUCGGCAGGAGCCAGGGGGAGCUGCACAGGGGUAUCGGUCCUGGGCAGGCCACCUCCCACCCAGCUUGGGGCGACUGUGCGGUGCCGCUGGCUGGGGAUGCUUUGAAGCCACACGUGCCACUGGCACCGCAGCGCCAGGGGCAGGAGGAGGAGGAGGAGGAGGAGGAGGCGGAGGACCUGGAGGAAGACAUCUUUCCGGAGUGCCCGCUGUGUGAUGGCCGGGAUCCGUUUUACGACCGCUCCCCCCUGUUCAGUUUAGUAGGAAGGUUGGGCUGCUGGCAGGUGCCAAGAGGGGGACCCCACUGCCUUGCUGAGAAGCCCCCCCUCCCCACAGUGACCCCGGAGGACCUUCUCCUGGACAGUCCGGAGAAGCCCACGCCAGACGGGCCCCUGGAGACAGCUCUGGACCACCUGAAGUUGGGCAGCAUCUUCACUUUCCGUGUGACGGUCCUGCAAGCCUCCAGCAUCUCCGCAGAAUAUGCAGACAUCUUCUGCCAGUUCAACUUCAUCCACCGCCAUGAUGAGGCCUUUUCAACAGAGCCCUUGAAGAACACAGGACGGGGGCCACCGCUGGGCUUCUAUCACGUCCAAAAUAUCGCUGUGGAGGUGACCAAGUCCUUCAUUGAGUACAUCAAGAGCCAGCCAAUUGUAUUUGAAGUCUUUGGGCACUACCAGCAGCACCCCUUCCCACCCCUCUGCAAGGACGUCCUGAGUUCAGAUAUCUCUGGCUGCAACAGCUCUCCUCUUUUCAACACAUGCAUGAGCGAGCGCAUGGCUGAUCUCACCCCCUCCCCUACCUUCUCGAACCCCGACUCCGACAUCACCGAGCCUGCUGACGAGCAGCACCAGGGGCAGGAGGAGGAGGAGGAGGAGGAGGAGGCGGAGGACCUGGAGGAAGACAUCUUUCCGGAGUGCCCGCUGUGUGAUGGCCGGGAUCCGUUUUACGACCGCUCCCCCCUGUUCAUGCCUGCGACAAAGCUGAGCACCAUGACUCGGCCCAGCGCCGGCCCAUGCCAGUGCAAGUAUGAUCUGAUGGUCUUCUUCGAGAUCUGUGAGCUGGAGGCCAACGGCGACUACAUCCCGGCCGUUGUGGACCACCGCGGAGGCAUGCCAUGCCAUGGGACCUUCCUCCUCCACCAGGGCAUCCAGAGGAGAAUCACUGUCACCUUGGUGCACGAAACGGGCAGCCUCAUCCGCUGGAAGGAAGUGCGGGAGCUGGUUGUGGGUCGGAUCCGGAACACCCCAGAGGCAGAUGAGUCUCUCAUCGACCCCAAUAUCCUGUCCCUGAACAUCCUCUCCUCCGGGUACAUUCACCCCUCCCAGGAUGACCGGCAGUUUCUUGAUUCGGAUAUGCCUAGGACUUUCUACCAGUUUGAGACGGCGUGGGAUAGCUCCAUGCACAACUCGCUGCUGCUCAACCGUGUCACCCCAUACCGGGAGAAAAUCUACAUCACCCUUUCUGCCUACAUCGAGAUGGAGAACUGCACCCAGCCCGCGGUCAUCACCAAAGACUUCUGCAUGGUUUUCUACUCCCGGGACGCCAAGCUUCCUGCUUCCCGCUCCAUCCGCAGCCUUUUUGUCAGCGGCAGCCUGCGGGCUUCCGAGAGCAACCGUGUGACGGGAGUCUACGAGCUCAGCCUCUGCCGUGUGGCCGACGCCGGCAGCCCAGGGGGGUGCAUGCAGAGACGGAGACGGCGCGUGCUAGACACCUCCGUAGCCUACGUGCGGGGAGAGGAGAACCUGGCAGGCUGGCGGCCCCGCAGCGACAGCCUCAUCCUCGACCAUCAGUGGGAGCUGGAGAAACUCAGCCUCCUGCAAGAAGUGGAGAAGACAAGGCACUACCUGCUCCUCCGUGAGAAGCUGGAGACGACCCAGCGCCUGGGCCUGGAGACCCUGUCCCCCUGCUCCAGCGAGGACUCCGAGUCCCGAAGCACCUCCUGUGUCUCUUCCCCGCUCUCUGUCGAUGGGGCCCCCGAGGGCCGCACCUCUCCCCCUGAGACCCCUAGCGAGAGGCAGAAGGAGCUGGCUGUGAAGUGCUUGCGCCUGCUGACGCACACCUUCAACAGGGAGUACAGCCACAGCCACGUCUGCAUUAGCGCCAGCGAGAGCAAGCUGUCCGAAAUGUCCGUGACCCUGAUGAGAGACCCCUCUAUGCCAGCUCUUGGCGUCACCACUCUCACCCCCUCCUCGACCUGCCCGUCGCUGGUGGAAGGACGCUACAACGCCAUGGAGGUCAGACCCCCCCAGGUCUCUUCCAGGGCGGAGAGCCCUGACCUGGAGCCUGUAGUAGAAGGAGAGCAGAAGAAGUCCCCGUCCCGCCGGCCUGAGGAGGAGAAGGAGCCCCAGCGUUUGCUGGUGCCUGACAUCCAGGAGAUCCGGGUCAGCCCCAUCGUCUCCAAAAAGGGCUACUUGCACUUCCUGGAGCCCCACACCAACGGGUGGGUGAAGCGCUUCGUGGUGGUCCGGCGCCCGUACGUCUACAUCUACAACUCGGACAAGGACACAGUCGAGAGGGCCAUACUCAACCUCUCCAAGGCCCAGGUGGAGUACAGUGAGGACCAGCAGGCCAUGCUCAAGACCCCGAACACGUUUGCGGUGUGCACGGAGCACCGGGGCAUCCUGCUGCAGGCGAGCAGCGACAAGGACAUGCACGACUGGCUCUAUGCCUUCAACCCCCUCCUGGCUGGGUCCAUAAGGUCCAAGCUUUCCAGAAGGAGAACAGCCCAGAUGAGAAUCUAA